AUGGAGAUUUCUUGCUCGCUAAAGGAGAUUAUUGGUGGGACUUGUGGAUACGAUAGAAAAGAUAGAACACAAAGCACUGUAGUUAUUCCUUUACAAGUUUUUAACAAGGAAAUCGUGGCACAUAAAUCAACAUUUCAAUUUUCUGGCGUCGAAAGCGACGUAGAACUGAUUCUUAGCCGAACAGGCAUAUUUAUAUCGCCGGAAAAUAUCCAUUGUUGGACAAUUUGCCCGCUACAUCGAUCCAAACUUGGCCUGGGGUGGAGCAGAGGCAAUAAUGCAAGGUGUAGGGUACCCGCUGCACUGUCAAGUCACAGGCAAGCAAACGGAAAGUGGCCAAAGUGCGACAAAGGAAUAGAUAAGGACGAUUCGCAGUUAAUAUUAAAGAUGACUGGUAUAUUUUUGCAGGUUGGUUCAGGUAAGAGUUGCUGAAUAGUUUCGAGUUGAUUUCUGUUGAUAACAUACUAAUUACUAGCUUGAUUCUUGAAUUUUCUAUGUGUUGUUUUAUCCAGGUAUUUGUUCAACAUGUCGUAAGAAGUUAAGAGCAUUAGUGCUAACCAGUUCGCAUAAAGCAGAGAGUGUUAUCGAUCAAAUGGAUGCGUUAACACUGGUAAGUUUGAAUUAUGUUAUUUGUAUUGCGUGUCGAAUUUUAUACCUGAAACUCUAUCUUCAGUUUUCGUGGGAAACGGCGGGAAAUGAAAGCUUAAGCGUCCCAGCCAAUGCUAGUGAUUGCAAUGGUUUUCAAAUAUUUCAAUUAAGCGUCAGCCUUCCAAGGGACCGGUCAUUAAUUACAAGGGACGGGGGGGGGGGCUGGUGAAAAAGAGGGGAAGUCAGAUCUUUUCUGCAUGAAAGGAGGAGGGGGGACAUUUUUGUUCAAUAUGAAUACCUGCCCCGUGACCCCAUCAUAUCAUAUAAUCUACAGGUGAAAAAUAGAGAGCAGUACACCUGUGGUAAGCACAAUGCCAAAUAUUCAAAUCCAAGGUCACAACAACAUUUAUUAAAAUUUAUUAAACUGAACAUAAAGUAAUAAGUGUACUUAUUUUUUACUCUUUCUGAUGGUUCAUUGCAUGUACAUUGCAUCGGAAUGGCCGUUGACUCGAUUAAUGGUAGAUAAUAUAUAAAGAUAUAUAGGAUAAUAUGAUUAAAGUGGCUUCACAUUGUAUAAGAACUUUAAAUUACGUCUCUUUUGUUAUUGCAUCCUCAAGUGGGGGGGGGGGGGACAUAAUUUUAACAUCUAAGUUUAACAUUUCCGUCAGCCCCUCUCUUGUAAUUAAUGAUUGGUCCCUAAUAUGUGUGCUGGAAGAGCACUGAAGACGCCAGACGCAUGCUGGAAUUUGGUUGGUGCAUGGGAGGUUGGGGACUAAACGGGAUUUCUUGCACCAGCACUGUACCAUAGAUAUCACAAAUUCUUAUCUUCUAAUUUGCUCAUAUGAUUCUAAUCGCUGCCAUGCCUAUUUUUUAACAGAAUAAGAACAUAGACGACGAGUUGGAAAUAACGUUCUCUCCAGACAUGUCCACACCUGUUUGUGAACGAACAACGUUUGACGUUGAAAGUACUGGCAUGAGCCUGUACAAACCUGGCGAGACGUCUUUUACUUCGACUAUUUCAGAAGAUAUAUCAACUACACUGUCUACACUAAGAGAGAAUCUCAAUGCGUUUCUAACCUCAAGAGAUGUUAGCCCCACCAGGUAUAUUUUAUCAGCACCAUUCGAAGAAGUUUCAGACCGAACAAAACGUUUUCACAUGCGCAAAGCGCGCCAAGUUGUUACUGCGUGCCUAGAAGAAAUCGUUCCUGGACAAUCAUCCACGCUACUUAAAGAAUUAGCAUGCGACAAGUUGGGCAGUGAUAAAAAUAUUGAUACUUUCUUAUUGGAUGCUUUAACGGAGUGUUAUAUAAUAACACGAGCCAUUGGAGCACGCGUAGACAGAUAUUGUCUAUAA